CAAAAAGUUCCAUUGGAAAAUCACUGAAAACUAAGUAAAAGCCAGAACUCGAACUGAAACACAGUGCCAGUGCCAGAAAGUGAAAAAGAAACAUUAAGUAAAAAAAAACAACCAAAUCGCAACUCUCGCCAUGGAUACUCUGACACCCAACAAUGGCUCCAAGUCGAGCUCCAGCGGCAGUUCGGCGGCCAGUUCCUCCAUGGAUCUGGGCAAGCAGCAGCAGAAGGAGAAGCUGCAUCGCCAUCCCCGGAACGGACCCAAGAAGCUGUCCCGCUCCCGGAGCUUGCUGCAGUUGCUCAGCAGGCACCUGGGCAGGCACUUCCACCAUCAGAACCACCAGAACGACACGGUCUAUAGCAGCCAGGACGACAUCAGAAGCAGCUCCACGGACUCGUUCAGCCUGAGCUACGAGCGGGCUAGCCACGAGCACGAGUGUCCCAUCAAUGGCUCCUCCCUGGACUUGGAGCACACUUCCAGGACCUCCAGUGCCUCGGCCUGCUCCAGAUACUCACCCGGACUGGAUUACUACGAUCAGCAGGGACACAUCUAUGUGGAGGCCGUCUACAGACCUGGCAGCGCCAUGGAGCAACUGCAUCCGCAGCUGCAUUUCGAGGAGGACACCAGCGAGGAGGGCAGCAGCAACGAGGCGGAGGACGAGGUGGAGCUGGGCCACGAUGAGAACGAGAACAGCAAGCCACGGUCGGCAUCGGCGGCAUCGGCCAAGUCCUCGGGACUGCAUCUCAGCCGGAUUUCCAUCUCGUCGUCGGUGAGCCGCAUGCUGCAGCACUUCUCCAGUCCCACGGGAAACGCCUCGAUGCGCUCGCUCUCCUGCAGCAGCACGCCCCUGAGGCAGCCCAAGAAGUCCCUGUCGCCAAACAACUCGAACAGCAGCAGCAGUAGCAGCCACUCCGGCUCCAGCUCCAAGUCCUCCUCCGGCGCCCCAGCCUCCAAGAAGGAGAAGAAGCAGCAGAGCAUCCUGCGGCCACCAGUCCAAUACGUCUCCAUGAAGGGCAUGUCGGGGCUCUACUCCCGAGUGCCCAGCUAUGCGGUCUGCUAUCCCUACACCCUGCAGCAUAUGUACUAAGCCAGAGGAGAAGUCAAAAAUAAUAUUACCAAUAAGGAAGAGGGAGAGCUGGUUGGGGGUCUUGAACAAUAUACUUAGGAAUUUCUAGUGAUGUACGAGUAGUGCCUGAAAAAACCGAGAUUUGAGUAGAGAGAAGAGGGAAUAUAAUGGGGGGUUUGCCACAAGAAGCAGCGAGCAUAUUUUAUAAAUGUGUCACAGCUGGGCCCAAUAAGUGUACCUAAAGCCGCGAAGCCCCGAGAAUCAAAAACCUAUCUAUAUAUGUGCUACGAUAUACACCUUAGAUGAUCUAAUUGUCUUCGGCUAAUUUAGGGACUUUCAGUUUACAAACGAAAAUAAAUGAAAUUUAGCUUAAAGUAAAACAAAAUGUUAUUUAGCAGACCCUCACAUAUCUUUCGAAAGUAGCUCUUAAAACCACAAUUCUGGAGACCCUUCAGUUGAACCGUUUGAGUAUACUUUUCGUAACCAAAAGAUUUUUGCACUUUUGAACUAGUUUAAAAUAUACUUUGCACUGAUUUCAAUGACUUCUAAAAACGAAAACAAAAUUUUACGAAUUUAUACAACCAAAGAAGAAACUUAAUUCUUUAAGAACACACUAAUAGAGGAACAGUUUACAAUAAUUCACAUUCCAGUAAAUCGAAACUUUUUUAAAAAACAAAACCAAUUAUUCUAAACAAUGAGAUAUCAUGAUGAAACGUAAAUGGUGUAGUAGCUGAUAAAGAAAACCUAGCAGAAAUGUUUAGAGCCUAUAUAUUUUUAGAUCCUAAAUGAA